ACUCCGCGGCGCCUGCGGCCGGAUCAGGCCUUGCGGCGCCUGACGGUGCUCGUCGACCCAGCCAUCCUGGAAGAUGCUGGUGCGGAUAUCCUGAUGGAGGCCCUGGACACCUUGGGCUGUGAGUACCGUGUGGAGCCCCAGCGCCCUGCCAGGAGUCUCAGGUGGAGCAGAGUGAAGCCAGACCCUUGCCCCCACGGUGUGCCUCCUGAGGUGUGGGCUGCAGAUGAGCAGGACCUGCUGCUGCUGCUGGAGCCUGAGGAGUUUCUUCAGGGUGUGAUCCAGCUGACCCAGAUCCGUGGCCCAGCCUGUUCGGUGCCGUGGAUCACCCCUGGGAGCCCAGCCUGCCCCCACCUGGCUGUCAUUGGUCUGGAUGCUUACCUCUGGUCUCACCAGCCCAGCACUCGGGAGACACGGCUGCCAGAGAGUUCAGCCAUGGCCUGUGCCCAGGUGGCAGUCGGUUGGCCCGAGGUGGAAGAGGCCCUGGUGCUCCUGCAGCUCUGGGCAAACGUGGAUGUGCUACUGGUGGCCUCCUGGCAGGAGCUGAGUCAGCAUGUGUGCACCUUCACCAAGGCCCUUGCCCAGCGCCCCUUCAAGCAGGCCCGGGAGUCGGGGCCCUUUUCCUUCUGCACUGCAGGGCACUGGGCAGCAGGCGAGCGAGUAGCAAGAGAUGGCACAGGGCUGCGGGCGGCCUGGUGGCGGCAGAUCCAGCAGUUCAACCGGGUCAGCCCAGCUGUGGCCGAUGCUGUUGUCACCGCCUUCCCCCCCCGCCUUCUGCAACAGGCGUAUGUAGCCUGUGGCUCGGAGCAGGAGCGCCUGGCCCUCCUGGCUGACCUCCCAGUGAAGAUGGGUGAGGGUGUGCGGCCCCGCAGGGUGGGGCCCGACCUUUCCCGCCGCAUCUGCCUCUUCCUGACCACUGACAAUCCUGACCUCCUGCUGGACCUGGGCUCCUGACCACGCUUCGAGGACCAGGUAGGGCUUCUGCCACCUACUGGCAGGACAUGAUGCAGACUGCCCAGGGUACUGACUGCAACCCACAAGGGGCGGUAUGCAGGGAGCAAGAAAAUGGGUACAGGUCUGACCCCCAAGGUGGGGGCGGGGGAGGGGCGGUUCUUGAAUAACUGCUAUGGGCAGAAGAGAAAAUUGUUUUCUUGCUGGGAGAUGCCAAGUGGUUGAAGGUCUGGAGAAGAUUGGGGCAGGGUUCACAUGCCCUAGGGCCUGUACGUAGGCAUAGGGGCUGGUAGCUGGCUGGGGAGUACCUAAGGUCCCCUCUGGGGGAAACACUGGUCACCUGGAGACUUGAGGAGUAGCACCUUCAAAAAGGAGCAAUAAAAUAAAGCCUUGAGGAAGGAAAGAGAAUCAGGUUCUCUCUUCCCCAAGGUGCUGACACUCCAACCAGAGAAAAGCUGUGGACACCUUUGAGCCCCAGGCCCUCAGUCUGACCCCUUUUGUCCUGCCCAUGUGUAAGCAUUAGACAUAGACUCUAAGUUUAUUACUGUCAUUUCAGCCUCAGACGGAAGGAACAGCAGCUGACGACAUGCAAAGCACGUUAAAAAACCCAGGGCCAGCAGUACAGGAAGGGCCGAACUCCAGGAGGCCACCCUCCUUGCAGAGAGCAGACCCCAGCCCCCCGGCUCUCCUCCCAGGCCUGCAGCCUGGGUCCAGCAGCAAUAGGGCAGCGGCUCCCCUGAGACUGAGGAAAGUGGCU